AUUUUACGAUAUAUUUAUAAAACAAACCCUUUAUGUACAAAUCAUUUUAUAAAUACUUUGAAUCGCGUUGAUACCCUCGCAUAUAACAAUGAGUAAGCUUACUUUCUUAUUUAGUAAUGCAAGAACCAGAUAAGGAUUGCUCUGGCGACAAAUGUAUUAAAACAAUGUGCAGACCAUGCUAAACAUCAUUGAGUUCAAAAUGAAUUGGCUGCAGGUUUGCUUCAUUCUCGCGCUGUGUUCUUACGGAUCGCUGGCCGAGGAAUUGCUGGAUAUGAACUGUGUUAAAAUACCAGUGGGCAUCAAGGAGCGAAUUUUUAAUGGUCAAACUGCUGACAUAAAGUCUCAUCCAUGGAUGGCACAGAUACUCACUCAGGGAAAUCAUCGCUGUGGAGGCUCGCUGAUAAGUUCUCAAUUUGUUCUGACAGCAGCGCACUGCAAAAGCCUACAUCGUAUGAAAGUGCGUUUGGGUGGAUAUGAUGGGACCCCGUCCAGUUGCACUUGUUCAAGCAACUACUGUUCACCAUUAAGUGGAGAAUUUGAUGUGAAGAGGAUAUAUGUGCCCGAUUCCUACACGAGCUACCACGAAUUUGACAUUGCCCUGCUGCAGCUGGCAGAGUCGGUAAUUUAUAAUGCUCACAUUAGGCCGAUCUGUGUGCUGCAAACUUCGAACAAGAACAAGCAACAGCGAUUCCUGAACUACGUCCCCAUGUUCAAUGUGACCGGCUGGGGAAAAACAGAAUCGGGUCUCCCGAGCACAACACUCCUGUCUGCCAGCUUAUACCAUCUCGACCGCAGAUACUGUUUGCUCAACUUUAACUGGCAAAUAGGUUGGCCACACAUCUGUGCUGGCCAUUCGCAAUCCUCCGCGUGCACCGGAGAUUCGGGCGGUCCGUUGAGUGCGGAGAUGACCUUUUCGGAAUGGAAACGCCCUAUUUUGUUCGGAAUAGUCAGUUAUGGGGCUCAUGAUUGUCGUGAAGCUAGCGUUUUCACGAAUGUUUUGCAUUACUCUACGUGGAUUAGCCAAAUAGUCCGCACACACACAUCCGCUCAAAAGUCUACAGUUUUCUCUGACCACUUCCAAAUUCAAGGCAAAAAUAAUUUUUGUAAUUUUAAAUAUACAUUUAUUUAGAAGUGCUCCAAUGCAAUACAAUCAGGUCCCGAGAAGUCAAUCAUAUAAUUCCUGGAACUAGUACAUAUGUAUGUACAUACAACGAAUGACUUGGAAGUAACGAUAAGCUUUU